CGUCACACCGCGGGCACCAUAUUUAUAUACAGUCUGUGGCGGGCACGUGCAGCUGCGUGAUUUUAACCGUUUUUUUUAAACUAAACUUCAAAGUUAGCGCUUAAAAACGCGAUUAAACACGACUACAGGACGCUGAAAGUGAAGUUAAACGGACACAAAGACGAUAAAGUGACGUUUACUUAACCUACGUGUUAAUUUUUUUUAUUUAUUUGACGUGUUUUUCUACUUUUUAGGGUUGUUUUGGUUAGCGUCAAGCUACAUAUAAGUGCUAACAAUUGUACUUCCGGUUACAGCAUUCAAAAUAAAAGCAUGUAUUGAUACAUUUUUAAAGGCUUGGAGAGGAGGUGAACAUGGCGUCAUGUCUCCGUGUGUUUGGACUGACGGCAGCAGGUGCACCAACACAAACUGUAACUGAGCACAAAUACGUGACUGCUGCUGCUGCUGCAGCCACGAGGGACAGAGCUCCAGUAAUAUCAGGAAAAUACACAAACAACCAGACAGAUGUGUGAGCGGAAGAAGAUCCACGUGUUCCUGGGGGCCCCCCCGGCCUCCUCAGGCCCAGCCUCGGGCUCCGGAGCCGGGCCGCAGGGAGCCGGGUGGAGACACCUGGAGCUCAGCUGGCAGGACGGACACCUGAGACCGGCAGCAGACGAGGGAAGAACCGAAGAUCAAUCAACACGUUUCCAGAUCCAGGACCAUGAAACCAACACCGACUCAUCCCCUGAAGCUGAUUGGACGCCACGUGGGCGGGAAGGACGGGCGCCGAGAGCCGGAGACCAGGAGGAUCUCCAAAGACCUGCAAAGGGGGAUCCUGGACAGGAAGCUCAGUGUUCGGCUUCGCUUCGUGAGUAUCUGGACCGCUGUUUCCCUUUAGCUCAACCAGGACCAGAACCAGAACCAGAACCAGAACCAGGACCUGGACCUCCACACUGCUCCAAACCCCAGUCCCCAGCCGUUGACCCCCCUCUGUCCUCACAGACUCACUUUCUCGCCACCUGGACUCUGAGCCAGGCGUUAAUCCUGAGAGGCAGGUGUGGCGUCCAAUCAGCAACAAGCCCAGAGAAAACCCCGCCUCCUCAAGCCCCUCCUCCUCAAACCCCGCCUCCUCAAACCCCGCCUCCUCAAGCCCCUCCUCCUCAAACCCCGCCUCCUCAAACCCCGCCCCAACACACCCAAACGCCUCCGUCCGUCUCCUCCAGCACGCCGGAGCUCUUCAGCCCGGCGCCCCCGUCGUUGUCGCCUGCAGCCUCCGGCGAGUUGUUCAGCCACCCGUGCCCGACCCCAAGGGCGGAGCACGGCGGCGUAGUCGUCGAGGCCACAGCAGACGGCGUGCUGUGCUCCCAGGAGGCUGUGCAGCAGCAGGACUCGCCCCCCAAAUCCCCGGACCUGAAGAGAGCUCGAGUGUCAGAGGACCUCGGGGCCGAAGCGUCGAGCAGCACCGCCACCGCCACCGCCACCACCGCCACCGACGGGCUGCGAGGCCGCACCACACUGCUGAGCCGCUGUGACAGACAGGGGGCGAGGUACUCGGUCCUGGUGGCGGUGGUCCACCCCUGUUACCUGAAGGAGGUCAAGGUGCGGUCCGGCCAGGCUGCAGGGACCUCCGUCCCUCUGGCGUCCAUCGUGGUGACGGACCAGUCGUGCGCUGAGAUGAAGGUGGUGCUGUGGCGGCGAGCGGCCUUCUGGGCAUUGACCGUCAGUCCGGGAGACGUCCUGCUCAUCACAGGCCUGCAGCUGAACGAAGACCGGUGGAGAGGAGAGACGGUGCUGCAGUCCACCUUCAGCAGCAAACUGCUCAACUUGGGGCAGAUCACCGCCGCCGCCUCGCCGCCAGCUCCUCGCCACGUGAACGCCGGCGCUCUCAGCUCUCUGUGUAGCUUUCUCCGGGAGCGGCGCCCCCUGCUUGUGUCUCUGAACUUCCGACCGCCACAGGACCUGAACCGCCUCCCCUACGCCGCCCUGAGGGCUCUGAGGGUCAACACGCUGGUCCACGCUCUGCUGCGCGUUACUCACAAACACAUCAGUGCAGCGUGGCGGAGAGAGGCGGAGUCUCGCUGCCGGUCGGCUCUCCAGCUGCAGGCCAUUCUGACUGUGGAGCAGCCGGACGGCCACCAGGGGGCGCUGCUGCUGUGGGGAUCAGCUGUGGACUGGCUGCCACGCUUCAGCAGAGACAGAGCGGCUGUCUGGGACUUCCACGUCCUCCUGGUGAGGGAGGGUUCGACCUCUGACCUCCUUGAGCUGCACUCCACCCCCUGGAGCUCCGUCCGGCCUCUGGACCCGGCCAGCCGCCGGGCGCAGGACUUUCUCCAGCCUCGACUCGUCCGAACAGGAAACAGCAGCAGUCUGGAGCUUGACCUGGACACGCUGCUGUCUCAGAAAUACAGCGGUGAGGUGGAGCUCAGAGUUCAGGUCGUCGCCUUUCGUUUCCGGAAUUCUCCGCACUCCCAGAAUGCACCUCAGCCCGCCCUGGACAGCUCCACGCCGCUGGACGGUAUCCUGUCGGCGCUGAGCGGUGAUGUCACCUACACCGGCUGUGGCCGCUGCUCCGCCGAGCUCGACACCGACGCCAACGGCAUCUACGGGCCGUGCUACCCCUGCCUGCCCCACACCGGCCUGAGGCCCUACUACAGGCCUGCGGUGCUGACAGUGAGGGGGCGGGGCUGUACCCAGGUGUGUGUUCAGGUUCCUCCUGUCCCGCUGCAGAAGAUCCUCGAGGCUCCUCCUGAUAAACUCCACAGGAGCUCUGCUCCAGGCUCCGAGGUGAAACACAUCCAGGUGGCAGCAGAGAGGAUCCAGACCCUCCUCGCCCCCCCGAGGAAAACCUUCGUCAUCACAGUCCGGAGCCACUUCCUCUGCGACGAGAACAGCGUCCCCAUCGAUCAGGACUUCACGCUGCUGGACCUGCAGCUCCCGGGCUGAUGGGACCAGGACCUGUUGAUCGGGGGGACCAAGACCUGUUGAUCGGUCGGAUCAGGACCUGUUGAUCAGCCGGACCAGGACCUGUUGAUCGGGGGGUCCAGGACCUGUUGAUCGGGGGGACCAGGACCUGUUGAUCGGUCGGAUCAGGACCUGUUGAUCAGCCGGACCAGGACCUGUUGAUCGGGGACUAGGGCCUGUUGAUCUGUCGGACCAGGACCUGCUGAUCAGGUGGACCAGGACCUGCUAUUCAGGCGGACCAGGACCAGCUGAUCAGCCGGACCAGGACCUGUUGAUCAUGUUGACCAGGACCUAUUGAUCGGGGGACCAGGACCUGUUGAGCGGUCGGACCAGGACCUGCUUAUCAGGCGGACAAGGACCAGCUGAUCAGCCGGACCAGGACCUGUUGAUCAGGGGGACUAGGACCUGUUGAUCAGGGGGGCUAGGACCUCUUGAUCGGGGGACCAGGACCUGCUGAUCAGGGGGACCAGGACCUGCUGUUCGGGCGGACCAGGACCUGCUGUUCAGACGGACCAGGAGCCGGUCCAGGUACCCGGGUGGUUGGUCAUUUGACGACUCUGAGACCCUUUGAGAUAUCUGUUUAUAGAGAUUAAUUGUCUAUAAAAAAUGUUUUUGUGA